UUGGCAGAAAAAAGUAAAAACAGAUGAAGAACAUUUUGUUUUUCAAGUUGUCUCCUUAAGGCCGUGUGACACAGCCGCUACGUACAUUUUAUGCAUAUUGCACGGAUGAAAAUUGGCCAUAGGUGAAUAUACAUAGAAAAAAAAGAGAAAAGUUGUGGUCUUUACAUGAAAUUUUCACAGGUGUGACACAAAUGAACCACAACAAAACCACAGAAGAAGUGUGAAUAAACCACGCAAAGAACAUAACAUAGAACAUAAACCGUGGGCGAUUAUUGUGCUGUCUGUAUGCAAUUCAUUGGUGAUUUGUGUGUCAAUUAAAUCACACGUGUGCGGUAUACACAACAUAAAAGCUAUUCAUCGGUAGUACAAGCAUGAAAAGUCCUUUAGACAUACGUGGAACGGUCGUGGAAAGACACAAAUCUGCAAACGCAUCUCACAAAAAUCACACACAAUUGCGUAAGAUUUGCAAAAUAAUUUAAACUACACACAUACGCAUAAACUGCAUAAUUCUCAAUGGACCAACAGCUCAAACACUUAUGGAUGACGUAUAUCACGCCAUGAAAGACUAACAUUUUCUAAAUUUGCCGCCCCUUUAUGUGCAGGGGCGGAAAAUGUGUCAAGAAAAAAAAAAUGUGUGAAGCCAGUGAAGAUCAAUCUAAUUUAGUAUAAGAAAGUUUUCAAAUUACAUGAGUGAGUUUGUUGUCAAAAUUAGCCUUUACAGCAAAAUCUUAAAUAUUUUAUCAUACUUUUUGACCUAUAGACCUCUGAUAUUCUUUCACUUUAUGGAAUGAAGUUUGCACACAUUUUAAUUCGUGAUUGAGCAUAAAUUGUAAGAAGCGUUAUUUUUACUGAACGCCUGAAGCUUUAAUGAAAAGCCUGAAGUGGAUUGACAGUGAAAGUGCGCAGUGGGAGCAGGAACAGAAACAUCACGGGCGCUGAGGAGCGCGGUUCGCUUGUUCCUGCGGGGCUCUGCGGGAAUGGGAUGUGUUAUGCGGGAGAAGAAUCGCCUCCCCGCUUCUGCAUGCGUGGGUCUGUGUGUGCGUGUGCGUGUGUUUGUUUGCAGCUCUCGUCGGGUCUGCUGCGUUUCAUGAGGGCUUCCUGCCGCAUCCGUCUGUAUUGAGACGAGCUGUCACUGCCGACGCCGUGGACGGUAAAGUUGUUGGGAACAGCUGCCACCCCUCCCAUUCCAUCGAAACCCCCCCCCCCCCACCCACCCACAGCAGAGCGGAUAACCAGGGGCGGACUCAUGCCGGCGUGAGCCGAAGCGACCCCGCUGUGGCCCAUGCGCUGUGGCCCUUUCUCUCCCCGUCCUCUUCAUCCCUCAAGCUGACGCAGAACCCCAGGCACCUGCCCCCCCUCCCCCACCCCCACUCCCACCCCGUCCCCAGCGACUCGCCCCCCCCGGCGAUGGUGUCCGGCACAGAGACGGUGCACUACAUCCACCUGCACAACUCCAGCCAGUCCGUGCUGGAGGCCCUGCGCACGCAGCGCCGCGAGGGCCUCUUCUGCGAUGUGACCGUGCGGAUACACGACGCCUCGCUGCGGGCCCACGCCUGCGUGCUGGCCGCCGGGAGCCCCUUCUUCCAGGACAAGCUGCUGCUGGGUCACUCCGAGAUAUCCGUGCCGCCCCUGGUGCCGGCCGAGACGGUGAAGCAGCUGGUGGAUUUCAUGUACAGCGGCUCGCUGGUGGUGCUGCAGUCGCAGGCCCUCUGCAUCCUCACCGCCGCCAGCAUCCUGCAGAUCAAGACCGUCAUCGACGAGUGCACCCAGAUCAUCUCCCAGAGGAAGGCGGCGGCAGGCGCCAGCGCGGCGGCUGCAGCGGCCGUCGCGGCGGCUGCGGCCGCGGGAGGGGGGAUGCUUGGGGGUGUUCUCCCGAAGCAAGAGGAGCGCGGCGUGGGCAAAGGCAGGGAGAGCGGCGGCGGCGCCAGCGGGAGCUGCUCUGUUGGCAGCGCAGGCGGGGGUGGAGGCUUUGCCAACUUCUCCAACUUCAUAGCCGAGUGUGGAGCCAACAACAUGGGUGGGGGGUUGGGGGGCGAGGGUGGACCCAUGGAGCAGAGCAGCACCGUAAACCUGAUGCCUCUGGGCGACAUGGGCCCCGGCUCCAUGUGUGGGGGCGGUGACAGCGGCAUGGGAGGAGCCCCCGGCCCCAUCCUUAUGAAGCAGAGCUCCAGCUGCACUCAAGACGUCAGGUACAAGCUCCGAGACCUGCUGGUGCAGACGGCCAACGGGGCCGGCGCCAGCAGCACGGGCAACCUGUCGACGGGCUGCAGCUCCGGCGUGGGCAGCGUGGACAGCAUCGGCAGGGACAGCCUCCGCGGCAACGCCACCGACCUCUCCGACGACCUGGUGGGCAUAGACAGGUACAGCGAGGAGGAGGACUUGGACGCCAGGGAGCGGGGAAGAGAUGUAGACAGAGACAGGGGGGCGAGCCACAGCCGCAAGCAGAGGCAGCCGCUAAGACUCCAGGUGCUGGGCGGAGAGGGGGUGGUGGUGAAGGACGAGGGGGCGCAGGAUGCCGCCGCCGGGACCGUCUAUUCCCUGGAGGACGGGAGACGCGAUCAGGGGCAGGAGAGCGGCCAGGAGUCCAUGGCGGGCUUCGGGCAGGAUUUCUAUGACGAGCAGGGCGUGUUUUCUGAGAGCUUCUGGCCGCAGAGCGACCCCCAUCAGGCCAUGGCCUACAACCCCAGAGGGCGCAUCAACAAGCCGCUGACUCCGCCUCCAACCUCCCAGUCCAUCAACAAUCAGCUGCUGUUCCAGUACCCGGUCAGCCAGUCGCAGCCGGCUCCCUUCUACGUGGGCGGGCCUCUAGGAGGGAUCGACAGUAUGGCGGUGACCGAGCCCGGCCAGCAAGCCCCGCCUCCGGCGCCGAUGACCCCCGCCCCGCCUCCCUCCACCUCCUCCUGCUCGGCGGGGCCCUCUCCUUCUUCCCAGGGAUCUGAGACCUCGUUCGACUGCACGCACUGUGGCAAAUCCUUACGGUCCAGGAAGAACUACAGCAAGCACAUGUUCAUCCACUCUGGUCAGAAACCUCAUCAGUGCUCCAUCUGCUGGCGCUCCUUCUCCCUGCGGGACUACCUCCUCAAGCACAUGGUGGUGCACACCGGCGUCAGGGCCUUCCAGUGCACCAUGUGCGGUAAGCGCUUCACUCAGAAAAGCUCGCUCAACGUGCACAUGCGCACCCAUCGUGCCGAGCGCACCUUCCAGUGCAACGUGUGCCACCGGGCCUUCACCCACCGCACCCUGCUGGAGCGCCACGCCCUGCAGCACGCCCACCACGGCCCCCAGACCCCGGGCCGCGGGGCCGACAUGACCUCACCCAACAAGCACAGCCCUCCGACAAUGGGGGGGCCCUCAGGGAUGGCCGGCGCGGCCGGCAUGGUCGGCAGCAUGGCCAGCAUGCCCAGCCACGGAGCUUCCUCCACCUAACGUCAGACGGGAACCGGGGGGGGGGGGAGGAAGUCCUCAGAGGCUCAUUCCUUGAAGCGACACUUACUUGGUCCUAACAGCCUUGUUGAUCUGUUUGUCUUUUUUCUGGCGGUCAGAACGUUUACAGGCCUCAAUGUUUAAGCUUGACGCCGUUUUUCAGUCAGGGUUCCUGCACAGGCCUGGGGGGGCUUUUGAUGUUGAAAAGUCUUUUCAAAAUCAUGGUUUAAAAAAUAUAUAUAAAUAUAUAUAUAUUUGGGAUUUACAAAAAAAAAAA